CUGCAACAGGAAUUUACUUCCGGUAUCAUGUUAUGAAGCGUAAGUGACAACAUCUGAUUUGAUUCGCAUCGACAAGGAGCGAAACGUCCCUCCCAAGGGAUGGGUCCUGACAGUGAAGCAGGCCCCUCUGUGCCCUGGAGAAAGGUGCUCUGGGAGCGUCAGCCAUUCCCUGAUAACUAUGUGGAUCAGCGCUUUCUGGAGGAGCUUCGCCGCAAUGAGGGCCUGCAUCAGUACCACUACUGGGCUGUGGUGAAAGAAGCAGGCAUUGUGGGACAGCAGCUGUCUUGUGUUGCCAUUUUUAUAACACUAUGGCUCUACAUGGAGCAGGGUUUACUGCCCCCCGAGACACUCUUGUGGACCAGCCUUCUGAUAGCACUGCUGGGGUAUGGACUUCAUCAGGUUUUAAGCACUAAACAAGAGUUGGACUGCAAACCACGGACACAUCUGGCAAAUUUACAAAGUGCCACUAUUUUCUUGUCUUUCACUUUUGGUUUCUCUCCUGUGCUGAAGACACUGACAGAGUCCGUAAGCACAGAUACAGUCUAUGCCAUGUCUGCAAUGAUGCUACUGGCCCACCUGAUGUCAUUUCCUUACACCCAGCCCUCUCCUCCAGGCAGCCUCUCUCUCAAUGCUGCUCUGUUUGCCUCUGUGUGUUUGGCCUCCAGGCUGCCUGGUGCUCUGCAUACUUUUGCCAUGCUAAACUGUGCUCUCCUGGUGUUUGCCCUGUGGCCCUGUUUGUUACAGAAGAUGAGGGAGAGGACUCCUCAUCACUUCACUGUGGUCUCCAUUGGAGUGUGUAUAGCAGGAGUAGCAGGGUUGGGAUCACAGUCCUGUUUUGGAGCAGUGCUUCUGGCCAUGGCCUUAUUAAGUGUGACACUACUCUGCCCUAUUCUGCUUAUCAGACUACAGCAGCAAAAGGACAAUAUUUCUGGACCAUGGGAUGAAGCUGAAAUCCAUGAAGAUAUACGACAGUUUGCUCAGUGAUGGAAUAAGAUGGCACACUGCCUUUUAAUCUGACUUGCAUAAAUGUAAUCGUCACACCAGAUGUCACAUACUACAGUACUAAAAUUGGUAGUAUCUUUUUAAGCUGCUGGUGUGAUGUGCACAGGUACAGUACACACAAGUAUUUUUGAAUGUGAGAUGGCAUUGUACAGUAGCAUACUUUAUCUCACAUGAACCUAACCAAAUAAACCAAAUAUUAACCAAUGAUUUGUGCUGUUCAGCUGUAAUGAUCUUAAAUCAUAAUAAACCAUGUAAUUCAA